AUGCCGACUCCCUUUAAAUUUGCCACUCCUCAGCCUAAGAAAAGAAGAGUAAAAAUGCUUGCUCGCAAGAAAGUGGCUGGGAGGGAAUUAUCAAAAAAAUUAAACACUCAAUUGAAAGCUAGCCAAGCCCAAGAACCCCAGAAUUCUGACGAAUCCUUCAAGUCUGCUACUGAGGGGGAAGAAAUUGGGUCUUCUGAUACUGAACAUGUAACUUCUGGAACAAAUACUACUAAUGAGGUUAUUUCUGUGGUAGUUGAAAAUUUGGAAAAUAGGUUUACUUUGGUUGGAUUUGUGGUGGAUGUAGAAACUUCAGAGUCCAGAAAAAGAGGUGGUAAAAAUAAAAAGGAAAAAGAAAAAGAGAGUAAGGGUGUUCGAAGUGAAGAAAAGGGAAUGGGAAAAAGAGUGGUUGAUUCUUCACCCACUUCUGAUGAAGGUAGAAUGGCUAUUUGUGGAGCAAAAUCAGUGGAGGAAAGUGUCAAGAAAACAGGGGGAAGUGGGUCUAGCAAAGCCGCUGAAGGGCUGAUUAACCUUGGGCAAAAUGUAGAUGAACCUGGUUCAUUAGUUGAAGAAACCCUCGCAGACCUAUUGAAGAAAGUAGGUGACAACUACAAUCCAAAGAAGAAGAGAACUUCCCUGGCUAAGACCCCUGGCACUUCUAGAGCUAACAAGAAAAGGAAGGUUGUCCCUUUUGACACUGUUGAAAUUCCUCCCACAAGAGAAAGAGCCACAAGAAGUCAACUGAAGCAAAAUGAGGAAGAGAUGCAGAAAGAAUUAGAAGAAAGCAAAAAGAAAAGGAUGGAUAAAGGGAAGAAGAAGGUGGGAGAGCCUGUUGAGGCUGUUGAUGUGGAUGAGAUGGACCUGGUCCAUCAAGAUGAAAAUAAAAAUGUUGAAGUGAAGGUUCAGACUCCCAAGCCCAAGAAAGCCACGACUUCCACUAAGAAGUCUACUCCUAUGUCAAAGUCUACCGAACCAUCCACCCGGGAAAAAAGGACCAGGUCUGCAAUGAAACCCAAACAAGUAAAAAUUGCUGAAGAAGAGGAAUGGAGUGGAGAAGAGGAUGAUGAAUCAGACAGUGAAAAGGACAAGAUGGCCAUGUUUCGAAAAAGAACUAUUCUAAAGGGUAGAAUCCUCAAUUCUAAAGGGUAG